AUGUUACAACAAAAUUGGAGAGCCCUCAAAGAUGUCUCAGAGGAUUUUAAAAAGGACAAGGAAAUUGUUAUGCAAGCAGUGAAACAAAAUUGGUGUGCACUGCAAUUUGCCUCAGAGUAUUUGAAAAAGGAUUAUGAAAUUGUUCUAGCAGCUAUCAAAGGAAAUGGUUUUGAAUUUCGAUAUGCUUCAGAUGAUUUGAGGAAGGACAAACAUUUGUUGCUUGAAGCUGCGAAACAAAGACUGUUACUCUUAGCAUCAGACCCACAAAGGGACGAUGUUAAAACAAUUUUACUCAAGUUUAAUUACACUGAUCUUGUAUCUGCUUUCGUUUCAAUAGAGUUAAAAACCAAUAAGGCUUUUGUGCGAGGUAGUCAGAAUUGA